AUGUCCCCGAUAUCGCUAGACGUCUCUUGCCUGUGCGGCGCCGUCGCCCAGCAAGUCAAGUCCCGCGGCAGCUCCGACGCAGUGACCAUCGAGUUGUCCAUUGGCCACAGCGACAUGGACAGACACGCCACCGGUAUCCUGUGCGCCUCGUACUACCCCAUCGGGGAGCCCGAUGUCUCCAAGGGCACUGCGGCACACGACGGCGCCGACGGGUGGACGAGGUUCUUCUGUCUGACCUGCGGAUGCCACGUCUUUCGCCGGAAGACGGCGGCUGGCCAGGCGGAGUGGGAGGCGGCGACGGGGGUCUUGGUCUCCAGCACCGGAGACAACGCCGAUGAUGGAGAUGGAGAUGCCCGCUUCGCCAAGCACACGUCGGUCUCGGACACCAAAGACGGCGGCCUCUCCGUGUGGCUACCCCAGAUCGACGGGCGCGCGCUGGAGGCCGCGACGCAGGACGCGGACCCAGCGGCCAAGGAACGAGCACACUCGUCGCCUCUGCCCCCGUUGUCGUCCCUCGUCCCGGCCAACACGCUCCCGGCGUCGUGUGCCUGCGGUAGAGUGAGCUUCCACAUCACCCGCCCGGACGAGCGGAGCCAGCUCCCGCACUCGGGCUUCCCGGACCUUCAGUACGCCGCCUGCUCGCACUCGGCAGACUUCAUGAGCAACCCGGAGAAGGUCAAGUGGUGGAUCCGCGCCGACGGCACAAAGUAUCUCGCGGGCACCUGCGCGUGUCGCUCGUGCCGGCUCAUCUCGGGCUUCGAGAUCCAGACGUGGGCGUUCGUGCCCCGCGAGAACAUUGUCUUCCACGUCCCGGGACCGGAUGGGUCUUCCUUCUACUCCUACUCCUCCCCCUCCUCCGCCGGCACCGGCGCCAUCUCUCUCCCUCUAGACUUCGCGACGCUACCGGCCGGCAUCCUCCGGACCUACGAGUCGUCGCCCGGCGUGCUGCGCGAGUUCUGCGGCGCGUGCGGCGCGACGGUCUUCUGGCACGACAAGUGGCGGCCGGACGUCAUCGACGUCAGCGUCGGACUGCUGCGCGCGCAGGAGGGCGCGAGGGCGGAGUCGUGGCUCGACUGGUGGACGGACAGGUGCAGCUUCGAGGAGGAGACGGAGACGGGUCGGACGGGAGAGCCGUCGCGCAUUGCGAGGAAGCUGGUCGACGGUCUGGAACGAGGGCUGCGUUCAUGGGCGCAAUCAAGGUGA